AUGGGUGUGGUGAUGGGGAGAGAUGAGAAGGUGAACAUCCCUGAUAUGUACAUCAAGUUGGUGAUAGAUCUUGACAAGCUCUGGAAGUUCCAUUGGGGUCUUCACUCGUAUGACUUCCUUCUAAGUUCCAUUGAGAAGGCUAGGAAGAAGUUGGGUAAGAAGGACAUCUACAUUUUUGAGGGUUUCUCAUAUGCUUUCCAGAUUUGGAUUAUGGAAGCAAUUCCUGAUUUUGGAGAAAUAUGUGGGAGACAAGUCUCUGGCAGCUUCGUCGAUCCAAGGUGUGGCAAUUGGAAAGGAGUUGCAAAUGUUUCUUAUGAAGACAUCAUUGAGCUUGAGGACUCCUUAACUAAGAAGGGUGACUUGUUCUCGGUUAUUUCAGAGACUGGUAAUGGUGAUAUGUUUCUGCAUGUUGACUAUACAAGGAAGGGUGAGAUGGAAGAUGAACGAGUGGACCUUCUUCUAGAUAGGAUUAGACAGAAGUUUGAUUGGAGCAACACAGAAUGGCCAGUUUUAGAGCCUGAAGAGCCUGAAAUGGAGAAAUGGUGUAAUAUUAUGUAA